AUGGCGUCCAAUCCUCCCGCGAAAUGCUGCACCAUUGGUGUCAAGCACGAAGGUGAAACCACAGGCCAAUCCAUCAAAGUAGCCAACAAGCAUGACGCCUACCUCGCGACGCCCACCGCCGACAAGGCCCACAAGGGUGCUGGCAUCCUCCUUAUCCCCGACGUCAUCGGUAUUUGGAAAAACAGCAAGUUGAUCGCCGACCAGUUUGCUGCCAAUGGAUACUUGACCUUGUUGAUCGACGUGUUCAAUGGCGACGCGCUGCCCCUGAACCGCUCAGGGCCCUUCGACUUCAACGCGUGGUUGACCAAGGGCUCUGAUGGAAACAACCCUCACACAAAGGAGGCUGUCGAUCCUAUUGUUGAAGAUGCGAUCAAGGCACUCAAGGAAGAAUACGGGGUGGAGAAGCUGGGGGCUGUUGGGUAUUGCUUCGGUGCCAAGUAUGUCGUCAGACAUUACAAGGAUGGCAUCAAGGUCGGUUAUGCUGCCCACCCCUCGUUUGUCGAGGAGGACGAGUUGGCUGCUAUUCAGGGCCCUUUCAGCAUUGCUGCGGCCGAAACUGACUCCAUCUUCCCUGCCGAGAAGCGCCACAGGAGCGAGGAGAUUCUGCAAAAGACCGGUCAACCGUACCAGAUCAACCUCUACUCUGGCGUUGAACAUGGCUUUGCUGUCAGAGGGGACCCGAACAAGAAGGUGACGAGGUAUGCCAAGGAGCAGGCCUUCUUGCAGGCGGUCACCUGGUUUGACAACUACUUGCUCUAG